ACCACCACCACCAUCUCCCCCACCCAGCAUCAGCUCCUGCAGCAAGCAGCAGAAGCAGCGGCCAUCCCUUGACACAGUCUUGAUGGUGUUGGUGUUGUUGUUGUUCUAACAAAUCGAUAACUAACAAUCUCUGAUGGCGAGCCGGCGUGUUGUGGCGUCUCUGGGCGCGCUGCUGCUGCUGCCGCUGUUGUUGUUGUCAUCGCUUGUGGCGGCGGUCGCGGCAACGAAGGGCGGCGUGGAGGUGGUGGCCGAUGACGACUGGAGGAAGAUCCUGGAAGGGGAGUGGAUGGUGGAAUUCUACGCGCCUUGGUGUCCGGCCUGCCAACAGCUACAGCCCGAGUGGGUGAAGUUGGCCGCCUGGAGCAAAGACCUGAACAUCAGGGUUGGCAAGGUGGACAUCACGUUACAGACAGGUCUCAGUGGUCGAUUCCUAAUUACCUCCCUGCCUACGAUUUACCACAUACACGAGGGGGUGUUCCGCCAGUACGAGGGAUCGCGUCUGGAGAAGGACUUCCUGAGCUUCAUCGAGGAUAAGAAAUGGCUGGGGGUGAAGCCGGUCUCCUCCUGGGUGGACCCCAACUCACUCGCGAUGUCUGGUAUGUCUGCGUUGAUGGACUUCUCUCACUGGAUCAAGAACACCCAUGCCUACCUCACCGAGCAGCUCGGCAUUCCCGUGUGGGUCUCUUACCUGCUCUUCUCUCUGGCAACCAUCCUCAUGGGCCUUCUCCUCGGAGCGGUCUUUGUGCUGGUGAUAGACCGCGUGUGUCCUCCCAAACGACAUCCGUCUGCCAAGGCCAAGCGAGUGGAGGUGCUGAGCGGCCGUCACGCGCCCGCACCUGCCAGGGGCAACGUAGGGCAGGCACAGGCACGGCCAGAAGCGGGGACAAGCGCAGAGGAGACGGAGCCUGUGGGGAAAAUCUCGGACGCAUUGUUUACCGACGGAAGCGAGCUCCGUCAACGGCAAGUCCACCCGACGGAAGAGGACUGAAGUGGCAUCACACAGCGCGAGAGAUAGUCUCUGUGAAUUGUUUUCACUUUGUGGAAGAUGCAGCAAUUGCUGUCACUCUUGAUUUUUCUUUAUAAGUUCUUGGAGUUUAGAAUGUUUUUUUUUAAUUAUCGGUCACUUUACGUUUAAUGACCUUUCGUUUGUCAAUGGGGAACCCAGCCUUUUGGAUUAAUUGUGAAUGGGGGUAUUUAUGCCGCCGAUGUGUUCCAUCAAACGUAAUUCCACUGCAUCGUACCGUGCGCGAGCUAAAGCACAUUUCGCCGAGCGAUCCAAACGACGACCCAGUGUCCCCCCCGUCUAAAGUUAUACUUGUGGGGGUGGGGUGGUCUUGCACUUGUCACACAAUGCUCUCCUUUCUAGCAGCAUGCUAACAUUUCCAAUUAUGCAGAAAACAUAACCAUUGCGGUGUCUCUUUUUCUUCAAAGGAUCGAUUUGCUUUGUUUGUACCGUCUUUUUUCUAUUCUUUAGUUGCAGGAAUUUUCACCGCCGUCGUUUUGUGUUGCCCAUCGUGUCGACGGGGUUCUUUUUAAUUUGACAGCACAAAAAACUCGGCCUGACAAAAAAAAACACGCUCGCAGGAAUGAGUGUCUGUGGAACGGGAGGAAUGCUGUGCACGAGCCAUACUUCAUUCAUUCUGCUCAUCUCACCCGUUAAAAUCCCACAUUUUCAUAUUCUCUAUCAUCGCCUUUUGUCAACCACGGCCAACACCCCCCCCCCAUGCUGGAUGAAGCCCCUCCCCAAACCACCGCCAAGUCUAGCGGUAGUGCAAAGCAGCACAUAGCAUCUGCACACAAGCGCCGUUGUCAUCCUGAUCGAAAUUCAUUUGCUUCGGGGUUUUUGUUUUAGUCCCAAGUAAACUCAAAUUCAACGCAUCCGUCAAUAAGACUGCCCCAAAAAGGGGUGGGGGGGGCCCUUUAUCGAAGGACAAAUUGAGAAUGGCUAUUGCUUGAAAUGUCCAUUUCUUUUAAGGCGGUGUUGUUGAUAAACUUUUGAGCUGUGGCUCUUUUGUGCCAAUACACCCGCUGGCAAUCUUAUCGGCAGCAAAACAAAAAGUUUAAAAUAAACUUUGCAAUGCUGUUCUGCUCGCGUUCCUUCAUGCCGUGGAGCUAAUGACAGACCCCAAGGGUGUUUAUCGUGCGUAAUACUGGUGCGGUCUGGAACGGGAGAGGGGUUGUUGUGGAUUUCAAUACAUUAAUGGCAGAGAACAUUGUGACAGUGAUUGAUGAACAGAUCCAGUUGAGCUCGUUUUGAUGUCACUUCUCUGAUCCUCCGCUCCCAUCCUGCACACCUUUAAGAUGGGGAGGGGGGGAACUCACACGAAGUUGUGCAGCCUCUGAUUUUUAUUUUAUUGCCACAAAGGUAGCAUAUGGAACCUGCGACCAUGUGUAUAAUAUAGCUGUGGUUGAAAUGCUUAAUAUGCCUAAAUUCAAUCGUGUUCAUUAAAAUGUAUACAGGGAGAUCCUUCAUAAGAUUUUUUUAAUCUUCUUGGUUCUUUCGGUAAAGUCACGUAGAAUGGAAAUAAUAAAAUAAUAAAAAUAAAACAUUAUAAAGUAAUUCUAACAGACGCUGUCUUCUCGACAGACCUGUUAUCCACCUGAGGACGGCUGCUUGCAUUGUGGCCGAAACGUCGUGUUAUAUUAAAAUGGUUAUAUUAAAAUGGAUAAGGCAGCAACUGCAGCAGCAGCAGCAAGUGCAGCAGCAAGUGCAGCAGCAGCAGCAACUGCAGCAGCAGCAACUGCUGCAGCAGCAGUAACUGCAGCUCCCUUUGAUGCUGUUAAUCCUGCAUAAUGCACAUGCAUAUGCAGUACUAAUCACAUUCCUGCAUUUCCCAUAAAUAUGCUAAAUUCCUUUUGAUAUGCAAAUUCCUUUGUCAAUGCGCCCAGCUUAUAUAUAUGCUCCAAGCUCGUGUGCUGUUUCAUUCAGACUCUGUCGCCUCGACGGACCUGGUUUUCACCUGAGGACGGCUGCUUGCGUUGUGGCCGAAACGUCGUGAGAAUUGUUUUAUUAUGUUUUAUUUUUAUUAUUUUAUUACUUCCCUUCUACGUGACUUUACCGAAAGAACCAAGAAGAUGAAUCCCUGCAGUCACGAAAGCUUUAAAUCGAAAUAUUUUUAUUAUUUUAUUAUUUACAUUCUACGUGACUUUACCGAAAAAACCAAGAAGAUGAAUCCCUGCAGUCACGAAAGCUUUAAAUCGA